AUGCAACACACCUACAUGCCAUUCCAUGCACCAAAUCGUCAGACGGAGCAACGCCGCUCGUUCCAUGGCGCCCCGACGGCGUGCGCGAACGUUGAUGGUGGUGGUCGGGACAAGAAAUACGCCUCAAGUCUUGUUUGCGCCGGCAGGCUGCUGUCCCGCGUCGCUGGAUUGGAACCAAGACUUUCCACCAAGGGCGAUCAGCCAGCGCCAAGUGACGUGAUGUCUCCCCCGGCUGGGCGUCUGGGCUCUGCCAAGAAGGAACCUGAAGAGCUGGCCAAGUCGGGCCUGGCGGCAGGGUUUACUAAAGUACCUUACUCAACGGCAUCCAAAGUUGCGGUCCGGCUGACUGCUCGCGUGUCCUUGGCUCUCACUGUGAGACAGACUGCAGUAGUACACUACGCGACUACCUACCUAGACUGUGGGAGUUGGCUCCGCAUUCUCCGCGCUUUGGGGUUUGGAGAAGAUGAGAUGGUCCAGAUGAGCAACCAUUUCCCCGCAACGCGCCGUUCUGGCAUUGCAACCCUCCUCAAAGAUAUCUAGAAAAAAUGGCUGCGAUAUGACUCGUCGACGGCCGAUGCUUGCUAGUCUUGCUGACAAACGGAUGAGCUCCAGGAGGAAGAGGGACCAAGAAGAUGGAGAAU